AAGGGGCUGAUUUCCGCUUCCGGUUAGGUUUGUUGACAAUGGCGGCUUGGAGAAGUCUAGCGGGCGUGCAGAGGUUGCUGGGGUUACCGCGGCUGGCGGCCCGCACGGCCUCCUCCGGAGGAGCCGCCGGCUCUGCCGUGCUCCAGGCGCCCCCAGGCACGAGCCCGGCGCGGGUGGAGUCGGCGCACGCCGAAGAGAAUGAGGAGGUUCCCGUCUUUCUUAAGAAUCCAGAGUUCCACGGCUUUGACUCCGAUCCUGUCGUCGACCUGUGGAACAUGCGAGUGGCUUUCUUUUUCUGCAUAUCCCUCGCCAUUGUAGGUGGCGCCAGCUUUGUACAUUAUCUGCCUGACCGAGGGCUGCAGGAAUGGGCUCGGCGGGAAGCCGAACAAAAGAUAAAGGAGCGAGAGGCACGCGGGCUGCCCCUCAUAGACGCCGACUACUAUGACCGCAGCAAGAUUGUGCUACCCCCAGAGGAUGAGAACUGAGCUGCUUGUGUUUGUACACUGAGAAUAAACCUUCCACAUUGUCUGCC